AGGGCUUUGGAGUUUAAAAUGGUGUGAAUAUGAUAGCCAUAGCCAUCGGUAUAGCUUAUGCAAGUGGACAUCUGUCUGCACCAUUGAAAGUUGACAGUUCAGAGGCACUAAUCUGACAAAGGGACGGUGUAAAUCAACAGCACAAUUAUUUUGGAUAUCAACAAACAAAAAACGGGGGACUUUACCUGAGUCUCGAGCGGCUGCAUGAGAAAGAGAGUUGGGAGGACGCACAGGCAGCAGGGCAGGAGGAAGACAGAGGAGGUGAGUGACGGAUUUACCCUCGGAGGGGUAAAAAGAUGACUGUGGUGUCCCAGGAGAACCACGACGACACUGUGGUCGUAACUCCUUUGUUCCAAGAUGCUGCUGACUUGGACCCAGCGGAGCAGGAGUGCAGCGAGCGCGUGGUCAUCAACAUCUCAGGUCUGCGCUUUGAGACGCAGCUAAAGACCCUCUCGCGCUUCCCAAACACACUUUUAGGGGAUCCGCGUAAACGGAUGCGUUUCUUUGACCCGCUGAGAAAUGAAUACUUCUUUGACAGGAACAGGCCGAGCUUUGACGCCGUCCUCUAUUAUUACCAGUCAGGAGGGCGGCUCCGGAGGCCCAUCAGUGUACCUGUGGAUAUUUUCCUGGAAGAAUUAAAGUUUUAUGAAUUUGACGAUGAGACGAUUGAACUUUUCCGGGAAGAUGAGGGCUUAUCGAGGGAGGAGGACCGCCCACUGCCCAACAACGUGUAUCAACGUCAGUUAUGGCUCCUGUUUGAAUAUCCAGAGAGUUCAGGACCUGCACGGAUAAAUGCCAUUGUGUCAGUUGUGGUUAUUUUGAUAUCCAUAAUCAUAUUCUGCUUGGAGACUUUACCCGAGUUUAGAGAAGUCCCUGUAGUGCCCGAAACUCACCCCAAUGGCAGUGCUGUUGGCAAAGAGCCCAGUCCAUUCACAGAUCCGUUUUUCAUGGUGGAGACACUUUGCAUCGUCUGGUUCUCCUUUGAGUUCAACAUGCGGUUUCUCUCCUGCCCCAGUAAAGCAGCUUUCUUUAAAAACAUCAUGAACCUGAUCGAUGUUGUGGCGAUAGUUCCUUAUUUUGUCACCCUGAGCCUUGACCUCGCGGAGCAUCAGGGCAGCAGUCAGCAGGCUGCGUCUUUGGCCAUCCUGAGGGUCAUCCGUCUGGUCCGUGUUUUCAGGAUUUUUAAACUUUCCAGGCACUCCAAAGGUCUCCAGAUUCUCGGACAAACACUUCACGCAAGCCUCAGGGAGCUGGGACUGCUCAUAUUCUUCCUGAUUAUUGGAGUUGUUUUAUUCUCCAGUUCUGUUUAUUUUGCAGAAGCAGAAGACCCUGAGUCUGGAUUUUCAAGUAUACCUGAUGCGUUUUGGUGGGCCGUGGUGACAAUGACCACAGUUGGAUAUGGAGACAUGUGUCCCUCCACCAUCGGGGGGAAAUUCGUUGGAUCUUUGUGCGCCAUAGCUGGAGUGCUAACCAUAGCUUUACCUGUCCCUGUCAUAGUGUCAAAUUUCAAUUACUUCUACCACAGAGAGAACGAGGAUGAGGAAAAUGUCCAGUACGUGCACGUGACAUGCGGACAACAGCAUCAGACCUCCUUAAGUGAAAGUGAUUUAAACAAAAGUAACCAGUCGCUCUCCAAAACUGAGUCCUUCCAGGAAAGCGACGACUUGGAAAUGUUGACACAUCCACACGUAACCCCAGUGGAGACAUACACAGUGAGACUGACAGAAGUAUAACACUUUGGGAUCUGGUUUUAUUUCUGGACACAGACGAUUUUGUGAAGCUUGUUUCUCCCUCAGAGUCGCAACAAAAUACAAGCAUGGGAUUCUCUUCUUCUCCAAAGUAUUGGAUCAUUUUCUCACAGAUAUUCGUGCAUUGCCAAUGUUGUAGCCUACAUAGAUGGAGGAAACACUUUGAAAAGGGGUUUGUCUGCCUUAAUGGACAUAGUGUGUAUCAUCAGUAGAAAAAACAACAUUCUUUUGUGUAGGCUUUAUUAAUGACCACGCUUUAUUUGUAUAAAGAGCCUUGUGUAUACUGCGUUUUUGUAAUUCAGAAUUUUCCCUUUUCUUAUGCAGCUUUUAAUGCAAAGUUGGAAUCGCAACUGUGUUGUUAGAAACAUUCAGAUUGCAUUGCAGCGUGCUGUGUAAACAACAACACAGCCCAAGACAUUGCAAUGCAACGUCUGCAUGACACGAAUGCAUCGUGAAUUUCAAUGUAAUAAAGUAUUUAUUUUUCUAAUUUAAACAUGUAUGUGAACGUAACGUAAUCCUUUUAUAUAAAUAAAUUAUGAAUCAGAAAAUAUAUCACUCGUUAUUUUUCCCUCUCAGUAUACAGACUCACAGAAGGCGAACAGCAAGUUGUUUGAGACAACAUACAAAUCCACGGCCAAUUAUUAGUUCAGUUCACUUUUGGUGCUGAAUGAUUGAAAAAAACAGGCAGAACCAGAUAUUGUGUUGUCUUGCAACAAAACCAAUUAACUUAAUAAAAUGUCAAAGUGAUUAAUGCAGGGGGGUUUAAUUAGCUGGAGGAACAUUUUAACAAAUUAGACAGAGGUCUGAUG